AGCUCGCCGCUUUCUUUAACAGUAAUGGACAUAAGAAAUCUAUUCCAAUCCCUCCCAUGGGCGUAUUCAGCCCCAGCUUUAUCUCACAUGCGCAUCAGACCCAAGGAAAGCUCCGAAAAUGCGUGUAUGAUCCAAUUCUUCACUUGGGAAGCUCGGCAUCCUGUUAUGAGCUGGUGGAAACACUUCCAAUCUGAGGUUGCAUCUUUAAGAGACAUGGGCAUCACUCAAGUAUGGCUGCCGCCCCCUCAUAAGGCCACCCGAAAGACUGGUCAAGGAUACGAUGCCUACGACCUUUGGGAUCUAGGCGAAUUUGAUCAGAAAGGCACAGUAGCUACAAGGUGGGGAACCCGCGAGGAACUUCUGGACGCCUGCAAGACCGCGAAGGAACACCAGCUUCUUAUUUUGAUAGAUGCAGUACUCAAUCAUAAAAUGGGUGCGGACCGCCGAGAAUCGUUUCCAGCAGUCCCCGUGGACCCCACCGAUCGCACAAAGGAAAUAGGAAAAGAAAGAGUCAUACAGGCAUGGACAGCGUACGACUUCACAGGUAGAAUGGGAAAGUAUAGCGACUUGCGCUGGACGCAAGAACACUUUACUGGCAUUGACUGGGAUGACUCCUCGAAAAGCAAAGCAAUAUACAAAUUCACUGGCGAAGGGCACCAGGGCUGGUCUAAACAUGUCGACAAGGAGCUUGGAAACUACGAUUACUUACUCGGCGGUGACAUCGAUCAUCGGCAUCCCAAAGUUAAAGAAGACCUUCUCGCGUGGGGGAAGUGGAUUCUCGAGACCACCGGCGCAGGCGGAUACAGGCUUGACGCCAUAAAGCAUAUGGACCGGAGGUUUCUCCUCGACUUUAUCAAGAGUGGGAAAGCAAGGAAUGCUGACCGCGACAUGUUCGCGGUUGCAGAAUAUUGGUCGGGGAAGCAAGUUCUGCGGACGAUCCUACCCUACGUGAGGGCAUUUCGGGGACAGACGACGUUCUUUGAUGUUCCACUACACUUCAAGUUUCACCAAGCAUGCGAACAGGGCCAAGCAUUUGAUCUUCGAACAAUCUUUAAUGAUACUCUUGUUUACUGCAGACCUGGCGAUGCAGUAACCUUUGUAGACAAUCAUGACACGCAAAUUGGACAAAGCUUGGAGAGCUGGGUUGAUGCAAGUUUCAAAGUACAUGCAUAUGCACUCAUCCUUCUUCGCCCCCACGGUCACCCUUGUGCCUUUUACGGUGACAUUUAUCCAAACAAAGAGUGCUAUGAUGCAGCGGUUGCUAGGAAUGUGACGAAGCUGCUCACCGCUAGGAAACUCUAUGCGUAUGGAGAGACUGUUGAUUACUUCCUCCACAAAAACUGUGUCGGCUUCGUGCGCCGAGGGUCAUCUUCUCGUCCGGGAUGCGCUGUGAUAAUCAGCAACGGAACUAUGAAGUCAAGCAAAGCACUAUGCAGUAUUCGGAUGAACAUGGGCUUAGAAUCUGUCACCAAGACUUAUAUACCGCUUCUCGACUCUACCAAUACCCCAGUUCGCAUUGAUUCCAAAGGAUGGGGCGAGUUUUAUACAAAGCCGAAGCAAGUCGAAGUUUGGAUCCAAGAAUGAACUAUAUAAC